UAUAAACCCAAAACCUCUCCAUCCGCUCUCUCUCAAUGGCGACCCGCUUUCUCUUACUCCGGCGACUAAUCAAAAGAACCCACUUCAGUUUACCCUUCUCCUCUCGAAACCCAACUCCCUGUCUUCUCCUCUCAAACCCUAACCCCUUCAAAAAUCUCUUACACCCAUCAAGAAAUUUGAGCCAUGGGUCCGUGAACCUCAUCCUCUCCGAUUCGAUCCCGAGGUUCGAAACCCUAGAAUCGGAGGAGCCUAAGAGGAAGAAAUGGCAGUCGAAGAAGAGGCUGAAGGAGCAGAGGAAGAGGGAGAAGAGGAAGAGGAGGGAGGCUAACAAGCGGGACCCACGAAGGAUUAGGCCCAAAGGGAAGAAGAUGAAGAAAAAGUUUGCUACUGCAGAGGAGAGGAUCAAGUAUAAGAUUGAGAAGGCUAAAUUAAAGGAAGCAUUAUUGGUAGAAAAGCUGAAGAAAUAUGAAGUUCCAAAACUGCAAGGCCCUAUGCCUAAACCAGACGAGCUGUCUGGUGAAGAACGCUUUUAUAUGAAGAAGAUGGCACAGAAAAGGUCUAAUUAUGUACCAGUUGGCAGGAGAGGCGUCUUUGGAGGAGUAAUAUUGAACAUGCAUUUGCAUUGGAAAAAACAUGAAACUGUGAAGGUUAUCUGUAAACCAUGUAAGCCUGGCCAAGUUCAUGAAUACGCGAGAGACAUAGCUAGGCUUAGUGGCGGAGUACCGAUUCAAAUUAUCGGAGAUGAUACCAUAAUAUUUUAUCGGGGCAAGGACUAUGUUCAACCUGAAGUCAUGUCUCCCAUUGAUACGCUGUCAAAGAAAAAAGCUCUUGAAAAAUCUAAGUAUGAGCAAUCACUUGAAACCGUGAGGCGCUUCAUUGCAAUCUCUGAGAAGGAACUAGAACUUUAUUAUCGACAUGUUGCUCUAUAUGGUGACCCCAACUCUCGUAAUUCCGAUUUAGUGUAUGAUGACAAGGGGGAAAACCCAUGCCAUGUACGAACAGAAACAUCAUACUCAAGGAAAGAAGAAUGUGCAGACUUAAAUGAUGAUAUAUCAACAGAUCUCUUAGACACUGAACUUGAUUCUGAAGAUGAUGCAGUCACAGAAGAUGAAAUUGAUUCUGAUAAUGAGUUCACUGAAGCUGAAACCGAGUCUGAAGGUGAAGGAUUAUCGGAUUCUGAAUUGGGAGUGGAUAAUAGAGGAAAGUAAUCAAGUAUGGCUAAAGAACUGACCCCGGAGGUACUCUUAUCAUCAGUAGUAGCAAACAGAUUCGACACGUAAUUAACUUGGUCAUGGCAAGCAUUAGAUUCUUGCAUCUUUUUUUUUCUUUCUUUCUAUUUUUUUGCAAAUCUUACAGCUAGUUAUUAGUUAAAUAGUUGAUUUUCAAAUUGAAAAUGAAUUCACAAUGCCUUUUUAUGUUGUAUGUAUGCGUGUUUAGAGAGAGAUGAACUUGCUUACAUCUGGAAGGACUUGGAACCAAGUUCUUCUCAUUCAAAUUAUAUGUAACAAUUCACAUGAAAGAUCCGUUCCAUUAUAUGGUGUUUCUAUC